AUCUCUGUUUUUAUUGCUCGAAUAGGCUAUUUCUAAAAUUUUCUGAUCUGUUGUGGAAUAGUUGGAUUUUACUUGUAGAUUAGGGUUUGGAAGUAUUUAUUUUUGUUUUUGUUUUGUAAGUCUGGUUUUUAAUAAAUGUGCUAGGUUGGAGGAAAUGUAGGUGAGUGUAAUUAAUGUGUUCAGAUGUCAUUGUAGUAGAAAUAAUUGAAUUAUUCCACAUUUUUUCCGAAAUGUAUGUGAAAAUGUGACUUUUUGUGUUUGCAAAAAAACGAAUGGUUAUAUGAAUGUACAUGUAUAGUUUUUUCUAAUCACCUGAUUUGUCCAUUGAAUGCAUUGAAUUUCUGUUUUUAUUGCUCGAAUAGGCUAUUUUAUCUUAAAAAAUAAUUAAAAAAAAAAAAUUCUGAUCUGUUGUGGAAAUGUUGACAUCUUACCUGUAGUUCACUGUAAGCUUGUUUCUCUUUCUUUCUGCAACUCAGAGAUUAUCAAAACCCUAACUUUUGAAGAAUUCCACAUUUUUCCGGAAAUGUAUGUGAAAUUGUAGUUUUUUCCCUCCCCUUUUUGUGUUUGAUUAUAUGAAUGUGCAUCUAUAGUAUUUUGUAAUGAAUUUGUGUGAAUCGAAUCAACGGAUUUGUCAAUUAAAUGCAGUGAAUCUCUGUUUUUAUUGCUCGAAUCGGCAAGUGUUACAAACUUCUGAUCUGUUGUGGAAAUGUUGGCAUUUUACCUGUAAAUUAUGGUUUUGAAGAGUUUGUUUUUGUUUUGUUCGUCUGUUUUUAAAUAAGUGUACUAGGUUGGAGGAAAUGUUGGGCAAUCAUGAGCAACGAAGAAGAGAAAAGGUGUCCUCUUUGCGCGGAAGAGAUGGACUGGACAGAUCAGCAGUUUAAGCCUUGCAAAUGUGGUUAUCAGGUGUGUCUUUGGUGUUGGCAUCACAUAAUGGACAUGGCAGAAAAAGAUGAGUCUGAGGGACGAUGUCCUGCAUGUCGAACAACAUACGAAAAGGAGAAAGUUGUUAGAAUGCAAUCAAAUAUUGAGAGGGCAGGGAACAACAAUGCCAAUAGGAAAAGCAAACAACAACCAAAGGCAAAGCCAAAAACUAAUGAAGUCAAGAAGGAUCUCACAAAUGUUCGGGUCAUUCAACGUAAAAUGGCAUAUGUGAUCGGACUGCCUCUUAGUCUUGCAGAUGAAGAUAUUUUACAGCGGAAGGAAUAUUUUGGGCAAUAUGGAAAAGUUACUAAAAUUUCUCUGUCUCGGACAACUGGUGGUGCCAUCCAGCAAUUUGUUAAUGAUACUUGUAGUGUAUAUAUUACAUAUUUAAAAGAAGAGGAGGCCGUACGGUGUAUUCAGUCUGUACAUGGUUUUGUUUUGGAAGAUAGAUAUUUGAGAGCAUCAUUUGGGACUGCGAAAUACUGCCACGCGUGGUUGAGAAACACGCCUUGCAGUAAUCCUUCUUGUCUAUAUUUGCAUAGCAUUGGUGCUGAUGAGGAUAGCUUUGGUAAAGAUGAUGUUGCUGCAAUUCAUACAAGGAAUAGAGUUCAACAAAUUGUUGGUGCCACCAGUAAUAUGACGAACCGCUCAGGAAAUGUCUUGCCACCUCCAAUUGAUGAAUUAUCUAGGACUGGCUUUACAUCGACUGAGACAUCUAGCAUUAGAAACGCAGUAAAUGAUGCAGCACAUGAUACAGGGAAUUACAGUAGCUACAUGGCUCGUGUAACUCCACAUGAUAAGGAUGGAGACGCUGGUGGACCAAACAGAAUGACAACUUUUGUCGAUAUAGUUGGACGGCCUAAUAGUUCUGGUGCAGAGAGAGAUGGAAAUAGCACUGAAGAUUGUAGGAUUUUGAAUUUAUCUUCUGACGUAUCUUCAGUAACCAUUAGCAAAGAUAAUCAUGGUCAUGAAACAUAUCCUGAUAAAACUUUGUUCAAGGUUCCAUCUUCGAAUCACAUUGUCAAUCAUCUGCAAAACCAAAAUUCUGUUGACUUUUCAGAUGAACCAUUCAGGGAAGAUUAUACAUCUUUUGACGGUCAAAGACUGGAGGAUUCAAAUAAUAUGGAUCAAAAGGCUUUUCUUAUGUCAUCAGUUUCUGCUCAAUCCACAGAGAACUCUGGUGGUCAUUUAUUAGUACAUAGGUCAUGUAGUCCGAGUAGCAAUGGAAUGGAUUAUGGAGCUUUACAUAAUCAAGUGGAUGAAGCUUCUCUGCCAGUUUCAUGUGUAACUGCAGUAUUAAAUGAAGGAUUUCAUGACUUGAAAUUCCAAAGUUCUGUCAAAUCUGAUAGGGUUUACAGAAGUUCUACCUCAUUCUCCAAUGAAGAAAUAGUAGAGCACCUACGGAGGAUUGAUGGUGACAACUUGACUAACUAUCAAGAUUCAUCAUUCAAUGCCGUAGAAAGCACCAUUAUUUCAAAUAUUAUGUCAAUGGACUUGGAUUCAUGUGAUGAUUCGACGGCUUUGCAUCGUAGUUUUGCUGGCUCAUAUGGUGAAUCCGUUGGGAAGCAUGGUGCUUGGAACUCUUUGCACAGUGACCAAUCAGGGUUCUCUUUUGUGAAGCAAGAUGACUUUUCCAGGCAAGGAGGUGAUUUAGAGUCUUCUUUUAGAAAAAAUAUUGGUCAGAUAUCAAAGAAUUCAUCCACCCUUCAGGAUUUCAGAGAGAACAAGGAGCAUUAUGUGCACAAGGCUCCGUAUCAAAUCACCAGACCAAAAGUUUUGGCUCCACCUGGCUUCUCAAUGCCCCCUAAGGACCUGCUUCACGGUUUUGCCUCAUCCGAUGAAAUAGGAGGAAUCCCUCACGCUCUCUCUGGAGGUCGUUUAGCAAAUAGUUCUUCAUCGAGUUUGCUUCACACACCAUCAACCGGAAGCAUUAGCAGUGCAGGUGAUAUUGAUUUUGUUGACCCUGCCACAUUAGCCUUUGGAAACGGCAAGCCAACAAAUGGUUUUGAAAUCGGGGCAGCUCGUGUGCCACAGAGGAGAGGCUUUGAAGACGAGGCAAGGAUCUGGCAUCUUAUGCAACAGAAAUCUUUAGAUCAAGGGAAAUUUUCUCAAUUAAUUGCUUCUCAAACACCACCCGUGCAUCAGUCACGACGGUUUCCUAGUCACGGUGGUGAUGAAUAUUUUGGCCUGGAUGAUAUAUAUGGCUUCUCGUCAAGGGUGGUGGAUCAACAUCAAAGUUUUAAUCCAUCUUCCUAUUCACAACAAAAAAGUUACGAUCCAUCCUAUUCACAAUUUACACAGCAAAAGCUUGCGAAUGGCCACAUCUUUAAUGGUUUCCAGCACAAUAGUUUGGACGAUAUCCAUCGUAGUAAUGAAGUGAACAGCAUGACACAACUCCAGACAAAUGAUACAUUAGGUUUCAAAAAAUUCUAUGCUGGAUAUGGAGAUCUGAUGUUCCAGGCCCCCCGGUCUGGCGAUGUAUACACCAGAGUAUUUGGGAUGUAACUCACUGAUUCUUUUAAAAAAAUGAAAAUGUCCCUAAUUACUUUGUUGCCUAUGUUUGCAGAAAAUUAUAAAUAUGUUACUAGUAAUUACUACUUGCCUGGUAUUGGCUAUUUCGGGUUGAAGUGGAGGGAAUUCAGCCAA